AUGGGAAAGAAAAUGACUAAAGAUUUCAAACCUGAAGUUAAAGACGCCAAAGAGUCAGGAGGUGGUGCGAUUAUGCAACCUAUCCAAAAUGAAGAUUCGAUAUCAUUGGGUCAUGGUCACAAUGAAGACGAUCCCCAUUCGAUUGCUUCCAUUCCUACAGAAGUUGUCAGAGAACACAACAAGCACAUAAUUCGACCUCCAUCAUUUACAACUUACGCAAUAAGUUCCUACUUGAAGUCGCGGUUCUCUACGCUAUUUGUUUCAAAGGAAGAGUUGACCCUGUAUUCUUUAGACGAAGUUUUCAACCCUUUUCGUACGCUUUCUGAGUUGACCCUCAAGCAGUGGAAUUUUUUCUUUCUCGGUUUGUCUGCUUGGACAUUGGAUGCUUUCGAUUUCUUUGCCGUUUCUUUGAAUGUCGCCAAGAUUGCUGAAGAUAUUGACAGCUCAGUUAAAGAAGUGACAUGGGGAAUUACGCUUGUUCUCAUGUUGAGAUCAAUAGGUUCAAUAGGUUUUGGGCUUUGGGGUGAUAGAGUUGGUAGAAGAUGGCCGUAUAUGGUCAAUCUUUUUAUUAUAAUGAUAAUUCAAAUUGGUAGUGGGUUCAUAAAAACAUACCUGCAGUUCCUAGGAGUUAGGGCAAUUUUUGGUAUGGCUAUGGGUGGUUUGUAUGGUACAUGUUAUGCGAUUGCCUCAGAAGACUGUCCCAAGAAUGCCAGAGGAAUAGUGAGCGGUAUGUUUCAGCAAGGUUAUGCAUUGGGAUAUUUACUUGCCGUUGUUUUUACUAGAGCAUUGGUCGAUACAACAGCAAAAGGUUGGAGAACUAUUUUUUGGUUUAGUGCAGGUCCUGCUGCUGUCUUAAUAGUUUGGAGGUAUUUCACUCCAGAGACUGACACAUUCCACAGACAAAAGAAAAAGUUGGAAGAAGAAGCUGCUUCAGGUGACCUGAAAGGUAAGGCAUUUGCUCAACAAGGUAAAAAGGCAAUUAAACAAUAUUGGUUAGUUGUGAUUUACUGUAUCUUGAUGAUGUCAGGAUUCAAUUUUAUGUCUCACGGUUCUCAAGAUUUGUACCCCACAUUGUUGACUCUCCAAUAUGGUUUUAGUAGUGACAGAUCGACUGUUACUAAUUCAGUGGCUAACUUGGGUGCAAUAUUCGGAGGAAUUGUGGUUGGUCAUUGGUCCACCUUCAUAGGAAGAAGAAUGGCUAUUAUUCUUGCUUGUAUUUUGGGGGGUUGUAUGAUAUAUCCCUGGGCAUUUAUAGAUGGGACAGCUAUCAACGCUGGAGCAUUCUUUCUUCAGGCUGGAGUUCAGGGUGCAUGGGGUGUUAUACCUAUCCAUCUUGCUGAAUUGUCUCCCCCUCAGUUUAAAGCCUUUGUUACUGGUACAUCCUAUCAGUUAGGAAAUUUAUGUUCCUCUGCCUCGAGUACAAUUGAAGCUACAAUAGGCGAGCGGUUUCCAUUAUCUAAUCCAAAACAUGGAGCAGAUUAUGAUUACGCCAAAACUAUGAGUAUCUUUAUGGGCUGUGUUUUUGCGUACGUAAUUUUUAUUGUUUUCUUUGGACCUGAAAACAGAGGCGCGGACUUGAGUGUAGAUAGAGACGAAUACAUAGAUGAGUAUGGUACUGAUGCUGAACGCAGGUCCUUUGAUUCUGUCAAAGAAAAACCCACUUCCGAAUUCGUUGCCUAA